GGCAAAUAACCAUAUAUAAACAUUUAUCGUUAAACGAAUAUUCAAACAAAAUUUUAUACAAAAAUAUUUUGUCAUAUAAAAGUUAACACAUUUUCCGAAUGAUAUACAUUAAUAAUUAAUUAAAAAUCUUUCGGAGUUCUUUAAAAUUUCCCUUACAGCUGUUUAUGAAUGUACAUUUUUUUUAAUGUUUGUAUCACAUAAUUGAUAUCUUCAGUUUGUAUUGCUUCGCUGAAAAGAUUGCUCUUUGUUCAGUUCAAAUAAAAAUUUCAUAAUCAAAGUGUUAAGAUGUCCACUGAUGUUGUUGGUUUUGUAUAUGCAGCAACUGUUGCAGCAGGUGGUAUAAUGGGUUACAUGAAAAGAAAAUCUAUACCAUCAUUGGGUGCUGGCUUACUUUUUGGUACCGUGUUGGGUUAUGGUGCUUAUUUAACUUCACGAGAUCCACCACAACCACUUUUGCAAUUGGGUACAUCUAUCGCUUUAGCUGGAAUUAUGAGUGCUCGUUGGAGGCGCUCUGGCAAACUAAUGCCGGCUGGUUUUAUUGCCAUAUUAUCGGCUGCAGCGAUCGCUAAUAAUAUAUACACCUAUAAUCGCUAUUUACCUUUACCUGGCAAAUCUUAAUUGCCAUCAAAAAUUAAUGGCUCUAUGCCUGACUUACUUGCCUUUUUGGUUUUGCACUAUACUUAAUAUGGGUUUAUGGACUUAAUAUUUACAGGAUAUAAUCCUAAUUUACUUAUUAUUUCUUAUUAUUAAUAAAAAACUAUUUUUUUAUUAUUAA